AAUUUCAACAGGGGCAAACUUUGUAGUGUAUAGAGAUGGGAAAAACAGCCAAAAUUGUCAUAUAGUGCAUGGCGUUAGCAAAGAUAGAAUAAGGGUUUGGAUCGACUCACAGAAUUGGGCGUACAUAUAUGCGGGAAUCGAUGGCUACUCUAUUGACUUCAUGGCUAAUGAAGGAUAUUUAGAAAUGUACGCCUGGAAAUCUCUAACAAUGAAUGAGCAAGAAUAUUCACAAACCUCACUUGGUCCAAACAUUCCUAGCGAGACAUUAGAGGUUCCUUACAGAAACAUUGUUCAAAAUCCACUUACACGUGCAUGGGCGCGAAGUAACACGGGACCAAACGCUGGUUUCCUGUUCCAAGGAAGCGGUGCAAUGGCCUUCGGAAGGACUGUUACCGACAGCGUUUGUAGCUAUGGGGGACUUGUGUAUGCCUACAAUUUUGUAAACAUGCGUUUCUGGAGACCUACAAAUGCAACAAAUGGAGGGCUGAUAUGCGUGUCAAAUUUCUUUGGUAAAGGAACAAAUUCUCAGCGGUCAGUCAAUGCAGAAAUCAUAAUGCGUUCCUGGGGAGUUAAAUCUGAAAGUAAGUGGAUUGUUUAACGGUUUAUGUUUUGUUAUUUUUGAUGAUACAUAUAAGAUAUGAUACUGUCACAUUACACGACGUUACGCCAAACUUGAAUCUUUAUAAAAUGUCAAAAUGGUUGAAAUUAUUUAAUGAAAAUUUCUUUUAUACUUAAACGUCUUAUUAUAAUAUGUUCAGUUCGUCUAUUUGA